CCUAUGAGUCAACAGACUGGACGGGCAACCGUGGACCGGAGCAGGCUGGCGUAACGACACGCUGUCAUUACACCGACAAUUAAACAAGCUUUUUUUGUUGUACUAAGACUUUCAAUUAUUGUUCAAAGAGACAAAGCAACCGAAAUAACUGCAAUUCCAGACGUCUACUAAACUUCAGCAGGAAACGAAUUAUUCAGAUCCUUCUCGUGACUGGAGCUGGAGCUAUGAAUGCGGACAUGGAGGAACAGGAAGACGAACUGCUCGCCUUCCGAAGUAUCUUUGAUUCGGAGGAGUUCGUCCGGGAUGACUCGAAGUCUGCUGGAGAAAUUCGAGUAUCUGUUGAGCUGCCUUCAGACUUUAUUGUGGCUCUGAAAGAAGGUGAAACGCUGAGGCAGUAUGAGUUAUCAUUCCUUCCACCUCUGCUACUGACCUUUGAACUCCCUGAGGACUACCCAUCCGCCUCCCCUCCCUCCUUCACCCUCACCUGCAGCUGGCUGACACACACUCAGCUCGCUGUACUGAGUGCUCAGCUCACUGAUCUCUACCAGGCCACCGGGGGUGCUGUGGUGCUCUUCUCGUGGGUACAGUUUCUCAAAGAAGAUGCCCUAAGGUUUUUGGACAUCCAUUCUCUUUUGGAGCUCCCCUCUGAUGAACACAGCACCCAGUACAAUAGCCAGGACUCCUUAAAUGCUGCACACUCUGAACCCCAAAAUAAUCAACACACUCCAAAGACAGGACCCACAGAUAGCAAAAGUUGUAAUGUCUUAAAUGCAUGUAAACCAGACCUCCCUGCACCAUCGUUAGAAGUUGAGCAUCCGAUAGUGAUUCUUGCUAAUGGCCACGAUCCUUCAAUCUCAGACUCUCAUGGAGCUGUGGCAUUGAUCCAAAACACUUCUAAUGAUUCCAACCAUAUUGCACAGGCCUCAGGCUCAGACACGAGGGAGGCUGAACAGAUCCUCCAGACCCCCGAGUUCAAGGCUGACUUAGAGAAGGAUCUGUACUCAGCAGAAGGCAGGUUGAAGCGUCUUCCAUUUGCCCAGUCCGAGCAAAGUGGCCAGGAAGAUUUCUUAAAGAAAGGGGAUGUUUCAGUCUCAUUAAUACUUCCCUCUAGCUCCUCAGACCCACAGGAUCAAAGUGAACAAGGGGCUGCUUCUCUGCCAAUCGACCCCAGAGAAUCCCCUCAUAAUGAAACCCAAACGUUCCCUGGUCUUUCCCAAACUCCCUCACAAACUCUUCUGUACCAACUCUUGAGCUAUAAUGUGGCUCAGAAAAAGAAAGCGUUUGCCAGCACAGUGUUUGACUGUGGUGUGUGUUUUGUGGGCUGGCUCGGUUCGGAUUGUGUGCAGUUGCCCGACUGUGGCCACAUCUUCUGCAAGGCCUGUCUUGCCGAGUUCUGUAAGCUCCAGAUAACAGAGGGGAACGUCCGGGCUGUCACCUGUCCUGAGGCAGACUGCUCUGCCACCCCUACACCUGCACAGGUAAGGCGUCUCGCAGGGGAGGAGCUGUUUAGCCGCUAUGAUCGUCUCCUGCUGCAGUCAACUCUGGACUGCAUGGCUGAUGUGUUGUACUGUCCUCGGCGUACCUGUGGUUCAGCCGUUAUCUUUGAUAAAUCCAGCACUGCAGCUAUGUGCUCUGUUUGCAGCUUCGCCUUCUGUGUCACCUGCAAGAAGACCUACCAUGGAACAGGUGACUGUUGGACAAAGAGGAACAUGGACACGGAAAUGCAAGCCAUUGCAGACCUGCCACAGUCACAAGAGGGGCUAAGGGCUCUGUUGGACGACUAUGCCAGUGGAAGUAAACAGAGGCAAAGCCUCUUGGAGAGCAGAUACGGCCAAAGUAGAAUGCGGAGCACCACGGAGGACUUACUGAGUGAACACUGGAUAGAAUCCAAUAGCAAGUACUGUCCUCAAUGCUUCUGCAGAAUAGAGAAGGACAGUGGAUGUAACAUGAUGAUGUGCUCUAAGUGUGGACAGCCCUUCUGCUGGAUCUGCCUCUCCAAACUAGGAAGUGGUUCAAUCAGACACUUUGUGGGCAGUCCUAGCUGCCAAUACAGCUAGUGCUGCUGGUGCUUCAGCUACCUUUACUACCAGCCACUGGCCACCAGCUAUGGAGGGAAUGCAGUAAACAAAUGUUGCACAUGGUAUGCUGUGUUUGAAUUGGUUAGAUUUUUUAAUGCACUUUUAACAAAUACUUGACAAUGCACAUAAAUGUGGGUUUUACGGAAAAAAAAAGGCAAACAUAAAUAAUGUGGAGAAUAUA